AUGGGGCUUCCAUCUUUCCCCAAGAUCUAUAAUGUGCACUUCGUGGCCAUCAUCGCCACGCUAGGCGGUGCGCUCUUUGGGUUCGAUAUCUCGUCCAUGUCGGCAAUUGUCGUCACCGAACAGUACAACGAAUUCUUUCACCACCCGGCCGGCGCCCUCCAGGGGGCCAUUGGCUCUGCCCUUGCUGCUGGGUCCGUUGCGGGCUCGGCCAUCGCCGGCCCCAUCUCCGACAAGAUCGGCCGCCGCGACUCCAUAUUCUUUGCAUGCUUCUUCUGGCUCGUCGGGACCGCUGUCCAGGUUGCGGCUAAGGACACAAGCACCCUGAUCGCUGGCCGCGUCCUCAACGGCGUUACGGUAGGUAUUACCUCUUCCCAGGUGCCCGUGUAUCUGGCCGAGAUCGCCAAGGCCGAGAAGAGAGGAUCGAUCGUUAUUAUCCAACAGCUGGCCGUCGAAUUUGGUAUUCUCAUCAUGUACUUCAUUGGAUACGGCUGUAGCUUCAUGCCAGGUGCCGCUUCGUUCCGGACAGCUUGGGGCACGCAGUUCAUCCCCUGUUUCUUCCUGAUGCUGGGUCUGCCCUUCUUACCUCGCUCGCCCCGUUGGCUUGCCAAAGUUGGCCGCGACAAGGAGGCCGUUGAGGUCCUCGCUCGAAUCCAGGCCAACGGAAAUAUCAGCGACCCCCUCGUUCUUGCCGAGUGGGAUGAAAUCUCCGUCACUCUCCAGGCUGAGCGGGAAGCCGGACGGGGAUGGAGGAAGUUUGUCAAGAACGGCAUGUGGAAGCGCACCAUGGCUGGCAUGUCGGUUCAAGCAUGGCAGCAACUCGCUGGUGCGAACGUCAUGGUCUAUUACCUCACGUACAUCGCGCAGAUGGCUGGUCUGAGCGGUAAUGUCGGCAUGGUCACUUCAGGCAUUCAGUAUGCCGUUUUCAUCAUCUUCACCGGUGUCAUGUGGCUCUUCAUCGACAAGACCGGUCGACGAACCCUCCUGGUCCUCGGCGCUCUGGGCAUGGGCUUCUGCCACUUUGUGAUUGGCGGUGUGAUGGCCCACAACCACUACGAUGUCCCCGAGGGCGUUGGUGGUAACCCCAACAUCAUCUUCGCCGUCAACUCCGGCGCGCCUGCCAACACUGUCAUCGUCUUCUCGUACUUGCUGAUCGUCGUCUACGCGCUGACGCUGGCACCCGUCUGCUGGAUCUACGCAGCUGAGGUCUGGUCUCUCGGAACCCGUGCCACGGGCAUGUCCCUGGCCGCCCUUUCCAACUGGGUUUUCAAUUUUGCCCUUGGAAUGUUCACGCCACCGGGUUUCAUCAACAUCAAGUACAACCUGUUCAUCGUCUUUGGUGUGCUCUGUAUGGUUGGCGCCGUGUGGUUCUUCGUCUUCUACCCCGAGACCUGCGGCAAGACUCUUGAGGAGGUGGAGAUUCUGUUCGGGAAGGACGGUCCUAAGCCCUGGAAGACCCGCAAGGGCGAGUCCAGACUCGUCGCUGAGCUCCAGGCCGUCCUCGAGAAGCAGCGGGGCGGAGACCAUGAGCCCGUUACUGAGACGACUGAGAAGGUCUAA